UAUAAAACUUGUUGUAGUACACGCGCCGAACCAGUCUACAAUUUACUCCUGAUCAAAUAACAAGUUAAUUAUCUCUUGUGAAUACCCGAUAAAUAAGUUCAAACGAGGCAUAACUAUAGUGAACGUCGCAUUGUUUGUUUUGAUCUGCUUCUGUUGGUAACACUGAUCGUGCGAUUUGACGUCAUUGCGCUGUCAUUGAUCUAUUUUUAUUGUCGAAUUUUAAUUUAUUUGACUGAAUUUUGCGCGAAACUGUAGUGUUUUACUAGCAUCGAUAGAUAGAUCUAGCCUUGGGUGUGAUAACUGUGACGCUAGAACUCUGUGAAGGAAUAAUUACUUGGACUUAAUUGCAGUCAUAAGUUGCCUACGUGACUUGGGCUCGGACGCGAGUCGUUAUUCGAUAUUGUGGCUUAAAUACUUAUCUAAAACUGGUUUACUGUGUUAAUAAACUAUAACUAGUUAGAUUUAAGACGUUUUAGUAAAAUAAAGUGUUGAAAAUGUCGUCAUUAGGAGGACAGUGGCGUGUUAUAAGGCACUACCUCUCUAUGAGUAACUUGAAUGCUGAAGUAGAGAAAUUGGUGCAGAAAAUAAAGCCCGCCUCACCCGAACAAUGGGAAAAUUUAAUAAGGAAAUUUGAAAAAGCAGUCUCAGUAAAAUUGACCCAAACAGUAACAGAUGUUAAAAAAGAACCAAAAGCAAUAGACUAUAAAGUGCAUACAACCACAGUGGAAGAGACAGAUAAAGUAACAGACAGAUUGGGAGUUAAGGAAAAGAUAGAGCCUGUUGAACAGAAAAUAUCUCAAGAAGGACUGACUGUAGGUUCAGAAGCAAAGGAAAUCACCUUAGAAGGUCUUUGGGAAGGAUUCAAAUUGAAGAAGGAUCUACAUUUUGGAAAGAUAUCUGAGUCAAGCUGGAAAACAAAUAAGCCUAUUAUUACAAAGUCGUCCAUACAUUCCCGAACUGCAUAUGUGAUAUCUGCUAUAGUGACCGCGGAGACCUCAGAAUGUUUGUUGAAGAGGACUGAACACUUCAUAGAGCACUUGCAACAGUAUCCAGAGGCCAGGGACUAUGCUAUCAAAGAGGGUGCUGUCAGAGCACUGUUGCGAGUGCAACACAAAUUGAAGGGUAAUUUAGAAGAUUCGACCACUAAACAUGUUAAAGGAAUUGUCAAUGAGGCACUAGCUUUAAUGGGUUACACGGGCCCAACAAAGAGCAGAGGUCCGAACAUACUCUCCAUAGACGGCGGAGGCAUUAGAGGGAUCAUCGCGAUAGAGAUCCUGAGGCACUUGGAGCGGCUGACGGGGCGCCGGGUGCAGGACCUGUUCGACUACAUCGUCGGCGUCAGCACUGGGGCCAUCAUUGCUGCUGUGAUCUCUAGCGGCGUGGGCAACCUAGACACAGCCAACCAAAUGUAUCACACACUGUCAAAGCAGAUGUUCGGCAAUACCUCUCUAAUUGGUGGCACCAGUCGCCUAGUGUGGACGCACUCGUACUACGACACGGACGCGUGGGAGAAGAUGCUGCAGGACAACUUGCAGGACUGCACGCUCACCGAGUGCAACAGGCACGACACGCCCAAGAUGGCGCUGGUGUCGUGCGUGGUGAACUCGGGCUCGCGGCUGGCGCCGUUCCUGUUCCGCACGUACGAGUGCGGGUUCCGCGUGCGCUCCGUGUUCGCGGGCAGCUCGCGCGCCAAGCUGUGGCACGCCGUGCGCGCCUCCGCCGCCGCGCCCACCUACUUCACCGAGUUCCGGCUGCAGGGCUUGCUGCACCAGGACGGUGGCAUAAUGGUCAACAACCCAACUGGCGUGGGGCUCCACGAAGCCAAGCUGCUAUACGGAGACGCAGUCAAGAACGGCACAGUGAUAUCCGUGGGCACUGGCCGGGCACUCAACAAGCACCUGGACUACCAGCUCAUGAGUAAGGGGCUGGCCAAGGAGUCCCCCGGGACCAGCUGGAAGGACAAGUUCAACAAGAUCUUGGAUUCAGCCACUGAUACUGAAGGUGUCCACCUAGUUGUCAACGAUCUACUACCACCAGGCAACUAUUACCGUUUCAACCCCCCGCUGAUGGAAGAGUGUGCAAUGGACGAGAUCAACCCCCAAAAGUUGCAGAACAUGGUGACGGACACCAUGGCCUACAUACGGAGGAACCAGCACAAGUUCGAACAGGCAGCAGCCAUGCUCACCAGAGAGAGGACCAUCUCGCAGAAGAUCAUGGACUACGUACAUUACCGAUCUCAGUUGAUGGGUGUCACCCAUGCUAACUGACGUACUGCGAAUCAGCAAGAGUUUGACUCUUGCUGAUUUUGUUGGAACAUAAGAGAGAGAGAUUUUUUUUAUUUCAAGAGAGUGAUAGUGGGAGAGAAAAGAGAGUGGUGGUUUGUUAUGAAUGAUUUUUACUGGUUUCGGUUGAUGGAUAUCAUCCAUGCUAACCGGCAAAUAGCUAAUUGGCAAGAGUUUGAGUCUUACUGAUUUUGUUAAAACAAAAUACGAGAGAGAGUAUUAUAGCUGAAGAGAGAAAAGCGAGUUGUUUGUUAUAAACUGGUUCACUGGUUUUGGUUGACAGAUAUCAGCCAUGCUAGCUGACAUACUGUAAAGUAUUCAAGUCUUGCUGUUGCUUAUUUUGUUAAAACAUAAUAGAGAGAGUAUUAUAGCCGGAGAGAGAAAAGAAAGCAGUUGUAAGAUGCUAUCUAACGCAUAAUCUUGUUAGAAUAUGAGAGAGUUAUUAUUUAAGUGGAAAAAGAGAGAAUAGUAGUUUUUAGUAUUUUUUUUUCUAUUAGAAUUCAAUUGAUGCGUAGCACCCAUACUGACGCAUUGCGAAUCUGCAAGAGUUCUAAUCUUACUGAUUGUAUUGGGAAAACAGAGAAAAAGGAAUAGUAUUUGCUUUUGAUGACUUUUUUGAUACCAAUUUAUUUGAUGAAGAAUAUAUCUCAUAUUGGGAAUUGGAUAGAGUACUCAAACUCUCGCAAUUCUGAUUUUAUUGAAAUAUGAGAAAGAAAGAGUAUUAUUAAGAUGAUAAUGAAAGAGACGACAAGUGACGUUUUGCGUUUAUCUGGAUUUGUUAAAAAAUAUCAAACAAAAUCACGAUAUACUAAUAAAACCGGGAGCGCAGCUCUUUCGCCUUUCGCAGAUGUUUAUAUAAAAUCAUCAAAGAUUUUCUACUAUUAGAUAUCUUACGUGACUACAAAGUGGUCCGAAUUUAGCUACUCUACUACUUGAUGUGAUGACACAUGCAUAAUUUUGUGUUAUUUUGAUUAUAUGUAUAUUUAGGUAUAUACUCAAUUUAUGUGUAUUAUUUCAAUAACUUUCGUUGUUUAUAAUUUUAUUUAUUUUUUUGUCCGCCUCAGUUUCGAAGUGAUAGUGACAUUAUCUGUAGUAUAAAAUCUUUGAAAAUCAUCGAUAAAUUAUUGUUAAAUGUAGGGCAGGAUUUUCUCCGACUUCUUUAGUUGAAGUUGAGGGUUGAUUGUGGGGAGAUUUGUCUUGCAUUUAUUAUUAAUAUUGUAAGUGAUAUUUAUAAUGAUGUAAUAGCACUUAUAAAGUGUUUUUAUGCGCCUUAAAUAGUACACAUUAAUUUGUUAUUGUGAUAUGUAAAAAAUCGAAUUUAAUUUGUAUGGCAAUUUUUGAAUUGCAAGUAGUGUUAUCUAGUGAAUGUUACUUUUUGUGUCAUUUAAUUCUGAAAAAAAAUAAAGGAAUUUUUAUUUCUUAAAAGUAUAGCGCGACUUGUAAUUUGUUGAUACUUGAAAUAAUUUACUUAUUAUGUAAUAAAAAAUUAAUAGUUUAAUAGAUAAGAUAGUUUAGUUUUGUGCUAUAAAAUAGCUUGUUGGAAUCAACUUUAAACAUUCUCAUAUAUCUUCACUAUUAGAUGUAGUUAUAUUAAAAUACAUAUUUACCUGUAAGAAGUCACAUUUAGAAAAUAGUUAUGUACAUUAAAACAAUGCUUAAUGUUGUAAAUGAAAUAAUAUAAAAAUUUUGUUUCUUUGCUGAUUUAUUUGGCAGUACACAAAACCUGCAGAAAUAAAAUAGACAAACUAACUAAAUGGAAUUGUUAAUCUAAUUUCAUAGCUAAAGAUGUACACAUAAGAAAAACACCUUUAGUUAAGAUUUCCUGCAAUAAAUAUAUAGACACCAUUAAUUAUAUUAUAACUCUAGUAAUUAUUGUGAAUCUGUUAAUUAUUAUGUGCAAUAUUUAAAGGAAAGUUAAAAAUAAAUAUGUAAAUGUUGAAUUUAUACUUAAAACGAAAUUUAUUGGACUUAGUUGUAGUUUUUAGAAAUAAAUUAAAAUAUACUGCAGCUCGUAAUAAGAUAUACUGCAGCGGAUAUUUCUAGUCAUUUGUAAUUUUAUCAAAGAAAUAUAAUAUCAAAUGUA